GCCGACAGAGGAUCGUCACACAGAAAGCAAAGACACUGGGGGAUAAAAUACACUGUCCUCCUCCUCUACAGUUCGCGGAAUUUACCUGUUUUCAAGCGGAUAUUGUCGAAUGCCUACAUCGGAUACUUAUGAACAUCUGCAUCGGUUAAUACUACCUAUAGAUUGAGGAGAAAAAGGAAAGCAGUAAUGGAUCAGAAUUUAUUUGGCGGAGCUCCUCGCUUCCUAACUCGACCCAAGGCCUUCUCUUUGUGCGUGGGACGGGACGCCUCUCUUAGCUGCACUAUUGUGGGAAACCCUGUACCUGUAGUCACCUGGGAGAAAGAAAAGCUGCGUAUUUCUGCAGGGGGUAGAUUCAAAACCGUUGAGGAUGGUGAUAUUUAUCGACUUACCAUCUAUGAUCUAACGCUAGAAGACAGUGGUCAGUACAUGUGCCGUGCCAAGAACAAUGUUGGAGAGGCAUAUGCAGCUGUAACCCUGAAGGUGGGACUGCCGGAAACUGUGGUGGAGCGUGCCCCAGUGUUUACAGUGAAGCCUGUCUCUACCCGUGUGGGUCUAGGAGGUGAUGUUACUUUUUACUGCAGAGUGUCUGCUCAUCCAGCACCCAACUUUGACUGGGAAAAAGAUGGCCGCUACCUGGGUGAAACCAACCGCAUAAAGAUUACCUCAGAAAGUGAUUCCAGCUCUUUGAGAAUCCAGAGCGUAAGGAGCUUGGACAGUGGCACCUACAAUUGCCGUGUCCAAAACUCCAUUGGUCGGGCUCAAUCAGCUGCAGCCCUGGUAGUGGACCUUCAAGAUACUCAUCUCCUGAAUGCAGACAAGAGCACAUCCCUCCUUUCCCACAUGCAGAAGCGGAAACAAGAGAUGCGAACAGACAUCUCUUUCUACCGCACUACAGAAAGUUCCUCAACCACAUCAUCGUCUACCAAGGUUACAGAGGAACUUGGAAGUUUAGGACUGGCCAGGGAUCAAGAGCAAAGGGUUUCGGCCUUAACCAGCAUGUUGCCGAAAGGUGUUUUCACCCGCACUUGCACUGUGACUGAGGGAAAACAUGCAAAGCUUAGCUGUUUCGUCACAGGUCAUCCCAAACCUCAGAUCAUGUGGAGAAAGGAUGGAACAAACAUCAGUGAAGGUCGCAGGCAUGUUAUUUAUGAGGACCAGGCGGAGAAUUUCAUCCUCAAGGUGCUCUACUGCAAGCAGAGCGAUAAUGGUCUGUACACCUGCAAUGCAUCCAACCUGGCUGGACAAACCUACAGUGCUGUGCUAGUGAUUGUAAAAGAACCAAAGAUUCCAUUCAAGAAAAAGCUGCAAGAUGUUGAGGUGAAGGAAAAGGAAACAGCAACUCUGCAAUGCGAGGUGCCAGUGUCAAACACAAAGGCCAGCUGGUUCAUGGAGGAAACCCGUUUGGAGCAAAACACCAAAUACCGUAUGGACGAGGAGGGUACCCUACGCCGCCUGACUAUUCGCAAUGUUACCACUAACGAUGAUGCUGUCUACAUCUGUGAGAUGAAUGAAGGCAGUCGCACCGUGGCAGAACUUACAGUGCUAGGCAACAUCACUAAAAAACUACCAAGGAGGACAGUGGUGCCAGUAAGUGAUACUGUGAUCUUCUGUGUGGAGCUGGAAAAACCAGUAGAUGAUGCAUACUGGACCAGGAAUGGGGAGAGGCUGAAAGAGGACUCCCGAAUAAUUAUCGCCCGCAUUAACAGACAGUACACACUGACCAUCCGUGAAUGUACUGCAGAGGACUCAGGCGAGGUGGCCUUCAUUGCCCAUGACUGCAAGACCUCCACCCGCUUCUCUGUGACAGCACCAAGGAAACAUCCUCCAGAUCCCCCAGUUGAACCAAUAGUGCAAAACAAGACAGAUUCGUCAAUCACACUGUGUUGGUCUCCACCGGACAGUGAGCGGCCUGUACCCAUCACCGGUUAUAUUGUGGAGCGCAGGAAGGUGGGAACCCAAACCUGGGUAAAGGUCACUACUACAACUGUUUCUACUACUAAAUACACCAUCACUGAAGUCCUAGAGGAGACAAGCUAUCAGUUCCGCAUCUCGGCGGUCAAUGAUUUUGGUCAAAGUGCCUACUUGGAGGUUCCUGGAACAUUUUACCUUGAACCCACAGCGUCAUUGAAGACAGGCCUGGUGGAUUGCAGUGCACAUGCAGGUGAAGAAGCCACCCUUAUAGUGGAGCUCUCUGCUAUAUGUUCUGGGACCUGGACCAUAAAUGACCAAAUCAUCCGAAGUGGAUCUGAGUAUUUAAUCACACGCUCCAAGACCACACACACUCUGGUCAUCAGGGAAGUCUCCAUGGCACUAAAUGGUGCACAGGUUAAGUUUGUGGGUGGAGGAUCUCAGAGCGUUGCUACACUUAGUGUGAAAGCUGCAACUGCACGCUUCACCAACAAGUCUUCUCAGGUUGAGGUGUUUACUUUUAGCAUGUUCUCCUCUGCUCAGAUGCACACAGAAGUGUCCAAUUCAAAUGUUCAGGUUGUUUGGAUGAAGAAUGGGAAGGAGCUGCGGAUGGGUAAAAAGUAUGAAGCCACAAGUGUGGAUCGCAAACGCAUAUUGACCAUCCACAAUGUGGAUCAAGAGGAUGUUGGCAUCUAUGAAUGCAUCUGUGAUGGCGAUAAAAUGUCUGUCCAACUUGCCCUUAAAGAAGAACCAGCUAAGUUUAUUAACAAGCCGAGGGCUCAGCCCCAGGAGAGUGACGCUCUGGUGGGCGAUGUGGUGUUGAGCUGUGAGGUUGCUUCUACUGGAACCGCUGUUGUGUGGAAGAAAGAACAGACAGAAAUAACGGAGGACAAGAGGACAACUUUUAUUUCUCAGGGGACGCAAAGGAAGCUGGUCAUCAGGGGUGCUAAGCAGAGCGAUGAAGGACACUACUCGUGUGAGACGGGAGAGGACAAAAUGACAUUCCUGGUCAAGAUAAAAGAAACACGAGCUGCUUUCUCCAACAAAGAAUCUUAUCAAAAGGAGGUGAAGGUUUCAAUCUCGCAGAAGGCCACAUUGAGCUGUGAAGUUUCUGAUGCCAAAACAGAGGUGAAAUGGUUCAAGGAUGGCAAGCAGUUGAACUCCAGCAAGACUGUGCACAUGGAGUCAAAAGGAAAGAGCCGUCAACUGGUGCUGGAAAAUGUGGAGAAGAAGGAUGCUGGAGAAUAUACUUGUGAGGUUGGAAAUGAAAAGCUGGCCUUUAAGAUUCGGGUGGAAGACAUUCAAGCUACCUUUUCCAACAAGGACUCUUAUCAGAAGGAAGUCAAAGUAGCAGUUUCCCAAAAAGCCACACUAAGCUGUGAAGUUUCUGAUACCAAGACUGAGGUGAAAUGGUUUAAGGAUGGAAAGCAGUUGAGCUCCAGUAAGACUGCCCACAUGGAGUCAAAGGGUAAGACCCGUCAGCUGAUUGUGGAGAAUGUGGAGAAGAAGGACGCUGGAGAAUACACCUGUGAAGCUGGAAAUGAAAAGCUUGUCUUUAAGAUUCGGGUAGAAGACAUUCAAGCCGUAUUUUCCAACAAAGACUCUUAUCAGAAGGAAGUCAAAGUAGCAGUUUCCCAAAAAGCCACACUAAGCUGUGAAGUUUCUGAUACCAAGACUGAAGUGAAAUGGUUCAAGAGUGGAAAACAGUUGAGCUCUAGUCAGACUGUUCACAUGGAGUCAAAGGGCAAGACACGCCAGCUGAUUGUGGAGAAUGUGGAGAAGAAAGAUGCUGGAGAAUAUACCUGUGAAGCUGUAAAUGAAAAACUGGCCUUUAAGAUUCAGGUAGAAGACAUUCAAGCCCCAAUCUUCAACAAGGACUCCUAUCAAAAGGAAGUAAAGGUUUCAGCCACCCAAAAAACCACACUGAGCUGCGAAGUUUCCGACAUCAAGACUGAUGUGAAAUGGUUUAAGGAUGGCAAGCAGUUGAGCUCCAGUAAGACUGUUCACAUGGAGUCCAAGGGCAAGACCCGUCAGCUUGUGGUGGAGAAUGUAGAGAAGAAGGAUGCUGGAGAAUAUACAUGUGAAGCUGGAAAUGAGAAACUUGCAUUCAGAAUUCAGGUGGCAGCUCAACCAGACAUUCAAGCUGCGUUUACCAAAAAGGACACCUAUCAGAAAGAAGUCAAAGUAGAGGUUUCCCAGAAAGCCACACUAAGCUGUGAAGUUUCUGAUACCAAGACCGAAGUGAAAUGGUUCAAGUAUGGCAAACAGUUGAGCUCUAGCAAGACUGUCCACACGGAGACAAAGGGCAAGACCCGUCAACUAAUCUUGGAGAAUGUGGAGAAGAAGGAUGCUGGAGAAUAUACCUGUGAAGCUGUAAAUGAGAAACUUGCCUUUAAAAUUCAGGUGACAGACAUUCAAGGUGCCUUUACCAACAAGGACUCCUAUCAAAAGGAAGUCAAAGUAACAACUUCCCAAAAAGCCAAUCUAAGCUGUGAAGUUUCUGACCUCAAGACCGAGGUGAAAUGGUUAAAGGACGGCAAGCAGUUGAGCCACAGUAAGACUGUCCACAUGGAGUCAAAGGGCAGGACCCGUCAGCUGAUCUUGGAUAAUGUGGAGAAGAAGGAUGCUGGAGAAUAUACCUGUGAAGCUGGAAAUGAAAAACUGGUCUUUAAAAUUCUAGUGACAGAGCCCAAAGCUGCCUUCACCAACAAAGACUCUUAUCAGAAAGAAGUAAAGGUUUCAGCCUCCCAUAAAGCCACAUUGAGCUGCGAAGUUUCUGACCUCAAGACUGAGGUGAAAUGGUUCAAAGAUGGCAAACAAUUAAGCUCCAGUAAGACUGUACACAUGGAGUCAAAGGGCAAGACACGUCAGCUUGUGGUGGAGAAUGUAGAGAAGAAGGAUGCUGGAGAAUAUACCUGUGAAGCUGGGAUUGAAAAACUGUCCUUUAAGAUUCAGGUGGAAGAUGUUGCAACUAAAUUCCAGAAGGCAUCUAUGACAAAAGAAACUGUGAUGUUUGAAUCAGCAGAAAAAGUUAUUUUAAAAACUGAGGUUAUGUCAGAGAGUUGUAGUGUUAAGUGGCUCAAGGAUGGAGUGGAACUAAAAGAUGGAUCAAAGUAUGAGAUGAAACUGGAAGGUCGUUCACGCAUCCUAAUUGUUAAGUCCUCAGAAUCCAAAGACACUGGCACUUAUUCCUGUCAGUCAGCUGAUGACAAGGUGGAUUUCAAGGUUCAGGUCAAAGAGGCACCGUUCAAAUUUGUGGUUCCACUUCAGCCAGUGUCUGCAAUACUAGAAAGUACCAUGACACUUUCCUGUAGCCUUAACAAAGCCACAGGUGAUCUCCUUUGGAAACAUAAUGGCAAGGAAGUUAAACCAGGUGGCAGAUUCAGCAUCCGCACUGAUGGGACCAACUGCAUAUUGACUGUCUCCGCUGUGGCUCAGGAGGAUGAAGGGGAGUACAGCUGUGAGUGUAAAGAUGACAAGACCUCCACUAAAGUCACCACUAAAGCGCCACGUCUGGUGCGGUUCACCACCAAGCUGAACAAUGUUGUUGCAAAUGAAGGAAAAGACGCUAUCUUCAAAUGCUCAGUCACACCACCUGAUGUGAGUGUAAGAUGGCUGCGAAAUGAUGUUCCCAUAACAGCUAGUCCCAAAUUUAAGAUUGCCCAAGGUGGAAGCAGCCACUCCCUCACUAUCACAGCAGUCACUCAGGAGGAUGCAGGAGAGAUCAGUGUUGAUGCCGAAGGCAAAGUGAGCAAAGCCACACUUCAAGUACAACAACUUCCUGUCACCUUCACUAAGAAGCUUGCAGAUUUGACUGUGCAGGAACAGAACACCGUUCGACUGGAAGUGGAGCUGAGUAAGCCCUCAAAAGAUGUGAAGUGGAUGAAGAACGGUGUGGUACUACAGCAAGGAGGAAAUCUAGAGAUUCACGUGGAUGGUGCCAAGCAGACUUUGGUCCUCAAGAGUGUGGCCUAUGCUGACAGAGGCCAUUACUCAUGUGAAACCCUAGAUGACAAGACCCAGGCCAAACUUACAGUAGAGAUUAAGAAGAUUCAGGUAGUAAAAGGCCUCAAAGAGAUGAAAGUACAAGAAAAAGAAACUGUCACUAUGGAGGUGGAGCUCAGCAAGGCUGAUGUAGAAGGUUCUUGGAGCAAAGAUGGGAUGAAAUUGAAAACAGGACCCAAUAUCAUUUUAACAUCACUGGGAAACAAGCACUGCUUGACUAUGUCCCAGCUGAAGAUAAGUGAUGGUGGAGCUAUUACCUUUCAAGCUGAAGAUGUCCAUACUUCUGGCAAACUAAUUGUUACAGAACCUGCUGCAAAGAUCCUCAAACCUCUACGAGACAUCAGUUCUCCUGAAAAAGAGAAAGUCACUUUUGAAUGUGAGGUGUCAAGAGCAAAUGCAGAAGUCAAGUGGUUUAAGGAUGAUGAGGAAUUGAAGCCAGGAAAGAAAUAUGGCAUCCAUUCCCAGGCCAACAAACGCACACUUCUCAUCCAAAAGUGUGCCUAUGAGGACCAGGGCCUGUACAUAUGUAGAACAACAGAUGACAAUACUUCAGCCAAGCUCACUGUGCAUGCAAGAGAUAUUAAAAUAGUGAAGCAGCUACAGGACGUGGAGGUGACAGAAAAAGAGAGUGCAUCAUUUGUCUGUGAGGUUUCUCAUGAUGAAGUGGAGGUUCAGUGGCACAAAGGAGAUGCCAAACUUAAAGCUGGAGAGAACAUAAAAAUGAGGCAGGAGGGAAGAACUUAUGUUCUACUCUUCAAAUCUGUAAAGGCUGAGGAUGCGGGUGAUAUCAAAUUCACUGCUGAGAAGGCCUCUUCAACUGCUAAACUGAAGGUUAAAGAACUGCCUGUCAGAUUUGUGAAGAAACUGAGAGACAAAAUUGCCAUGUACAAACACCGCGCUUACUUAGAGUGUCAGGUGUCACGGGCCAAUGCUAAAGUCACAUGGUACAAGAACAAGUCGGAAAUUAAACCCACCAAAAAGCAUGAGAUCACCAGUGAGGACAUCUACAGGAAGCUCACCAUUACCGACGUGGACUCUGAUGAUGAAGACACAUACAUUUGUGAUGCCAUUGAUGAUAAGACUUCAUGUCAGCUACUAGUAGAGGAGCAGGCUAUCAGCAUAGUACGGGAGCUAAAUACUGUUGAAGUUACUGAGCCAUUUGCUGCCCACUUUGAGGUGGAAGUCAGUGUGGAGACAGUCAAGCCAGUGAAGUGGACAUUGAAUGGAGAACAGCUGAAGGAGAGUGCUGAUAUUGAGAUGGAGAAAGAGGGCACUAUGCAUCGUCUCACGUUUAAGAAGACUAAAGCCUCAAUGUCGGGCUCAGUACAGUUUACUGCUGGAAAGAGCAAAUCAAUCGCUGAGCUCAAAGUUAAAGAGCGUCCUAUUGAAGUCCUGGAGCCUCUCAAAGAUGUAUCAGCCAAAGAAAAGACUUCCACCACACUGUCCUGCAUGUUCUCUGCCCCACCAAAAGAAGUAAAUUGGUUUAAGGGUCAAACAGCUUUGGAGGCUUCUGGCAAGUACAGCAUGAAGCAAAAGGAUGCCAGUGUUCAGCUGAUCAUACAAGCUUUGAAUGCAGAGGACUCUGGAGAGUAUCGCUGCCAGGCUGGUGUCUGUGAGAGCAAAGCUGUUCUCAAAGUAGAAGUCCGUAAAAUCCAGAUCACCAAACAUCUGACAGAUCUGGAGGUGGAUGAAGAUGGCGAUGCUUUGUUCACCUGUGAAGUUAAUUAUGCUGAUGAAGAAGUGCAAUGGAUGCUUAAUGAUAAGCUGCUCUUCAACAAUGAGGUCAACACCAUCACUCAUGUGGAUAAGACCCAUACGCUUUCCCUCAAGAACUUAGCACCUGAGGAUGGUGGGAAGGUAUCAUUCAGUAUUAGAGAUGUUAAAGAAACAGUCUGCUUAAAGGUUAAAGAAAAGAAAGCCAUCUUCCUGAAGUUGCUGGAUGAUGUAGUUGCAGAGGAGAAGGGUACAGUUACACUUAAGUGUGAAGCCUCAAAGCCUAGAGUUGCCCCUGUGUGGCGCAAGGAAAGUACAGCUCUGUCGGCAGGCAAAAAGUAUGAGCUCCUGCAUGAUGGUAAGUCCCUGGGACUGAGUAUCCAUGACAUCACACAAGCUGACGCUGGAGAGUACAGCUGUGAUCUUGGCACAGAUCUCUGCAAGUCUAAGGUCACUGUUAGAGAUAUCCACAUUGGGAUUACCAAGCGAAUUAAGUCAAUUGAGGCCAAAGCAGGUGAGAACUGCACAUUUGAAUGUAUCUUGUCCCGAGAAAGCUCAGAAAAGUGCACCUGGAGCCUAAAAGGCCAACCUAUCAGUGAUGGAGGUCGUUUUCAGAUAAGCAGCAAAGGGCGCAAAUAUAUAUUAAUAAUCAAAGCAGUCUCAGCUUCUGAUUCCGGUGAAGUAGUCUUCUCUAUUAAAGAUUUAAGUUCAAAAGCAACACUAUCUGUUGAAGGUGAAGCUCCAAGCAUAUCUCAAGAGCUUCAGGGCGUCCGUGCUAAAAUUGGUGAAGAUGCCACAUUUACCUGUGAGCUUUCUCAAUCUGGACUGGAGGUAAAGUGGUCCAAGGAUGGCAAGUCUAUCAGAAAGAGCCAGAAAUAUGAAAUCAGCCAGGAGCAGACACUUGUAAAGCUGACUAUCCGCAAUAUCAAUGAUAAAGACUCUGGAGAAUACAGCUGUGAGGUCACAGGUGGUCCAACCUCCAAGGCUAAACUGGAGAUCAAAGCAGAUCUGUCCAACAAAUUCAUUUGUGAGCUAAAGGAUGCCACUGCAGAUGAAAAUAGUGCUGUAUACUUUGAAUGCGAGACUGCUCAACCUGCCACUAAAGUCACUUGGUUGAAAGGAACAAAGGAGAUCAAGGCUGGAGGCAGAUAUGAGCUGACACAGAAGGGAGCUAUCCUCAUCCUCAAAGUGAAGGAUCUAGAGAAGAGUGACAGCGAUGUUUACACCUGUGACAUUGGUUCUACAAAGAGUACAGCCAAACUGACAGUGAAAGUGAUACCUGCCAGGUUCAAGGAACAGAUGAAGAACCAACAGGUUACAGAAGGUGGAAAGGUCUUACUUUCCUGUGAGCUCUCAAAACCUGGCUGCCAAGUGCAAUGGAAGAAGGGAACUGAAAGUCUAAAAAAUGGGGGAAGAUAUCAGAUAAUGCAGAGGGACACAAUCUUUGAGCUACAGAUUUCAGAAGUAGUGGUUGAAGACAGUGGAGAAUAUUCUUGUGAAUGUGGAAAUGAGAAAACUACAGCAAGUCUUGUUGUCAGUGCUUUACCGGUGGUCUUUAAACGUGAGCUACAAAGCCAAGAAUGCGAAGGAGGAGACACUGUUACUCUUAACUGUGAACUCUCAAAACCUGGAGUACCUGUUGUUUGGAAGAAAGGAACACAGGUGCUUCAUUCUGGGGAAAAAUACCUCAUCAAGCAAGAUGGGGCUACCGCUGAAUUGAAGAUCGCUGACCUCAAAGUUGAAGAUGGAGGACAAUACACAUGUUUGUGUGGGGACAAGAAGACUACAGCAAACAUUAAGAUCAAGGCGCUGAGCUUCAAACGAGAACUACACGACAUGAAGUGUCAAGAAGCAGACAGUGUUACUCUUCAAUGUGAGCUUUCCAAACCAGGAGUUCCUGUAGUUUGGAGGAAAGGAACACAGGUGAUCCAUUCUGGAGAAAAAUACCACAUCAAGCAAGUUGGCUCUAGUUUUGAGCUGAAGAUCAAUGAUGUAAAACUUGAAGAUGCUGGAGUCUAUAGUUGUGAUUGUGGGUUUAACAAGACUUCAUCUACCAUUACAGUCAAUGCAUUACCGGUGGUCUUCACACAUGGGCUGCAGAACCUGGAGUGUGAUGAAGGUGGCAGUGCUACUUUGUCCUGUGAGCUUUCCAAACCUGGUGUCCCUGUGCAGUGGAAAAAAGGAAGCCAUAUUAUCAAGUCUGGAGGAAAGUACAUAAUCAACCAGAUAGCUUCCAAGGUGGAGCUGAAGAUCACUGAUCUAAAAUGUGAAGAUGAAGGAGAGUACACAUGUGUAUGCGGAGACAAGACAACCGCAGCCACAAUGAAGAUCAAGGUUUUGAAGGCCCAAACACCUUCGUUUGAAUUGGGACUUCAAAAGCAGUCUACUGAGAAGGGGGCAUCAGUCGAUGCACUAAAGUUCCUAAGUCCUUCAGCUGUCGCUGAAACAGACUCCCAGAAGCAGAAGAAAGACAAACAAACAGAGCUCAGUGCUCUUCCUGUUAAAUUCAUGCAAGAACUGCUUAACCAAGUGUGUGAUGAAGAUGGGAGUGCUACUCUGUGCUGUGAGCUCUCAAAACCUGGAGUUCCUGUGGUUUGGAGGAAAGGAACUCAUGUGCUUAAUUCUGGGGGAAAAUACACCAUCAAACAAGUUGGGACUACUGUUGAGUUGAAAAUCACUGAUCUUAAACCUGAAGAUGCUGGAGACUAUGCUUGUGAUUGUGGAGACAACAUCACCACUGCUAGCAUCAAAGUCAAUGCAUUACUGGUGGUAUUCAACCAUGAGCUACUGAAUAAAGAGGUUCAAGAGGGGGAAAGUGUUACUCUGUGCUGUACACUCUCAAAACCUGGAGUUCCUGUGGUUUGGAGGAAAGGAACUCAGGAGAUCCAUUCUGGGGGAAAGUACAGCAUUAAACAAGUUGGGGCUGCUGUUGAGCUGAAGAUCACUGGUGUCAAACCUGAAGAUGCUGGAAACUAUGGUUGUGAUUGUGGAGACAACAUCACUACUGCUAGCAUCAAAGUUAAUGCAUUACCAGUGGUCUUUAGCGAUGAGCUACAGAAUCAAGAGGUUCAAGAGGGGGACAGUGUUACUUUGCACUGUGAACUAUCAAAACCUGGAGUCCCUGUGGUUUGGAGGAAAGGAACUCAGGAGAUCCAUUCUGGGGGAAAGUGCAACAUCAAACAAGUUGGGGCUGCUGUUGAGCUGAAGAUAGCUGAUGUCAAACCUGAAGAUGCUGGAAACUAUAUUUGUGAUUGUGGUGACAGCAUCAGCAGUGCUAACAUCAAAAUCAAUGCAUUACCUGUGGCCUUCAAGCGUGAACUACAGAACCAAGGAAUUCAAGAGGGGGACAGUGUUACUUUGUGCUGUGAGCUAUCAAAGCCUGGAGUUCCUGUUAUUUGGAGGAAAGGAACACAGGUGAUCCAUUCUGGAGGAAAGUACUUAAUCAAGCAAGUUGGCUCUUUUGUUGAGCUGAAGAUCACUGAUGUCAAACCUGAAGAUGCUGGAGACUAUAGUUGUGAUUGCGGAGAAAGCAUUACAACUGCCAAUAUAAAGGUUGACGUGCUUCCUGCCAUCUUCACACAAGCACUGAAGAACCAGACAGCUGUUGAAGGAGAGAGCAUCAGCUUCCAAUGUGAGCUUUCCAAACCAGACAUUGCAGUGGAAUGGCGCAGGGGUGAAAUUGGCCUCUGCCCCUGUGCUAAAUAUGAAUUGAAGCAACAUGGCCACCAUGCCCAACUGAUCAUACAUAACCUUGAACCUGAGGACUCUGGUGACUAUAUUUGUGACACUAGAGACCGCCAAAGCAUUGCAUAUCUGAAAGUUAAUGCACUGCCAGUUCUUUUCAAAUCAUUUCUGAAUGAUUUGGAGGCUGAAACUGGGGAAAAUGCAGUGUUUCAGUGUGAACUUGCCAAGUCUGGAGCCAAAGUCAUCUGGAGGAAAAAUAAGAGAGUAAUAGAAGCAAGCAACAAAUAUCAGCUGAAGCAAGAUGGAGCUGUUGCUGAGCUUAUCGUUUACAAGCUGCAGGAAGGAGACUGUGGGGAGUACUCAUGUGAGACAGAACAUGAUCGGACAUCUGCCAAACUGACUGUAAAGGAGCCUGAAAUCACAAUCAUAACUGGCUUGAAGAGCUGCAUUGUCAAUGAAGGCGAGGAUGUUCAUUUUGAAUGCCUGGUCUCUCAUGACAAUGCACUCAUUGUUCAGUGGACACUUCAAGAUGUUCCACUGCAGAACAAUGAGAUGAAUGAAAUACGAAUGGAAGGCAAAACGCAUACACUCACACUAAGAAGUGUAACCCAGAAAGACUCAGGCACUUUGUCCUUCCAUGUGGGUGCCCACACUUCUUUUGCUUGUCUUACAGUGAGAGCAAUCCCAGCGCUAUCAUUUGCAAAGGAGCUGACAAGCCAGGAAGUCACCGAGGGAGGCACUACCUCGUUAUGUUGUGAAACUUCAAUCCCUGAUGCAAGUGUGACCUGGAAGAAAAACACUCUGGUCUUGACUGAUGGAAAAAAGUAUUCCAUAAAGAGGGAUGGCACCGUCCAGAUAUUGGAGAUCCACAAGAUCUCAGUGGAAGAUGCUGGCGAGUACAUUUGUGAAGCAGGAGACAAAAAAAGCAAAGCUACAUUGACUGUCAAAGAAUGUGUAAAAAUCACAAGAGAAUUAAAGGAUGUGACUGUGAUAACGGGCGAGGAUGCUAUCUUCCAAUGUGAGGUGUCCCAAAAAGGGGUUACUAACGUCGAGUGGUGGCUCGGCUCCAACCACCUUCAAAACAAUGACUUGAAUCAAAUCAGCUGCCAAGGGAGGGAACACAGCCUAGUGCUGAAAAUGGUCACACCCGAUGAUUCAGGUGAUGUAGCCUUUGUGGUUGGCCCUAUGAAGAGUGUCGCCUACUUGAUGGUGCAGGAGAAACCCAAAGUUGUAUUCUUAGAGAAGCCUCUGGACUUAACUGCCAAAGAGGGUCAAACAGUCACACUGUCCUGCAUGACCUCCGACCCUGAGGCUGCUGUCGCCUGGUACAAAGAUGAGGAGAUGAUAAAGGCAGGGGGCAGAUAUCUGCACUACAAGGAUAGAGCCGUCCAUCAGCUUCGCAUCCUUAGGGUGGAGGAAGGGGAUGCAGGGCUGUAUACAUGCAAAACCAAAGAUGCAGAAAGCUGUGCCACCCUUACUGUUAAAGGUCAACCUGCGUACUUCCGGAAGGAGUUAGAGAACCAGAAUGCAAUAGAGGGAGAUAGUAUCACCUUGUGCUGUGAGCUUUCUAAGCCGGUUAAAAGUGUAGAGUGGAGAAAGGGUGGAGUGGUGCUACAGCCCAGUAAAAAAUUUGAGUUAAAACAGGAAAGAUGUGUGUUGGAGCUCCAUGUCCAUGAUCUGGAACCAGAGGACAGUGGCUACUACACUUGUGAUGCUGGAGACCAAUUGACCACAGCAUCAAUCACAGUGCAAGAGGCUGAGGUCCUCAUAGUAUCGGGUAUAAAGAAUACAGAUGUAUUUGUGGGCGAACAGGCAUUUUUUUCCUGCCAGCUCUCUCGUCGUGCCAAAGGCAGAGUUCAAUGGUGGCUAGACGGCACUCGUUUGGAGAACAGUACCUUCAGUGAAAUAAGUAUGGGUGAAGAUCAUGUCCACACUCUCACCCUAAGGAACCUUUCUCCCAAUGAUUCGGGUACAGUCCUGUUCAAAACAGGUGCCCUGACGUCCUCAGCCAAGCUGUUAGUGAAAGAUCCCAACGUGGAGGUGGUCAGUGCAAUGGAGGACCAGCAUGUAGCAGAGAAGCAGCCUGCAGAGUUCAUCUGUCAGUACUCCCGGCCUGUCAAGGCCAUAUGGAAGCAAAAUGGUGUACCUGUGCAAGCAGAUGGUCGCAGGGUAAUAAUGGAACAGGACUGGACUGUUGCGCGGUUGUACAUUAGCUGUGUGGAGCCCCAGGAUGGGGGGAUGUACUCCUGUGAGGCAGAGGGAACCUCUGUUGUGGCACAUCUCAGGGUGCAAGCUAAACCCAUAGACAUUCUCCAAGAGCUGAGUAACAUGGAAACCAUUAUUGGUGGGGAAGCACUUUUUGAAUGUUCCUUGUCACGACCUGAAAACAAAGACUGCCGGUGGUUAAUUGAUGGCAAACCUGUAAAGGAAUCUGCAAAUGUGGAGAUUGUUUCAUUUGAGAGUGGUCGACGACAUCUUUUGCUUUUAAAAGACUUGCAGCCUUGUGAAAACACAAGGAUUACAUUCCAAGCUGGCACUUCAUCAACUACUGCCCUUCUGACUGUCAAAGCUUGGCAACUGGAGGUGGUCAAACCAUUGGAAGACAAGACUGCAAUUGUAGGACAAGAAGUUGAGUUCACAUGUACUUUAAAUGAAGCUGUGCCUGAGAAUGAAGUGACUUGGUAUGCAAAUGGUGUUGAGCUUCAACGUAAUGACCAAUGGGCCGUGAGAACCAGUGGUUCUUCCUACAGCCUCAUUUUGAAGAAAGCACAGGCUCAGCCCACACAGGAAAUCACAUUUGCAGCUCGGGAUGCCUUAUCAAUGGCGAAACUAACUACAAUUGCUGUGCCUGAUCCCCCUGAAGACCCAGAGCUAGUGAGUAAAGGCCCAACCUUUAUCACCUUGUCUUGGUUUACCCCACUAAGUGAUGGUGGAAGCCCAAUCAUUGGAUACCGCGUGGAAAUGCGUCUAGUAGAUAGUGUCCUCUGGCUGCCCUGCCACACAGAACCAGUUUUCAACACCGAAUUUCUGGUUGAAAAUCUAAUACCAGGGGCAGGUUACAGGUUCAGGGUGGCAGCUAUUAACCGUGCUGGCAUUGGAGAGCCUGUCCAGCUGCCUCAAACUGUGACACUCGAUGCACCAGUGACCAUGACCAAAAUGUUAAGCACCUCUAAGCUUCACAAAGGAAAGAUGGUUCGUUUGGAGUGUGAACUUUCUGCAGAGGCCAAAUCAGUUACAUGGUUCAAGGACAACAGAGAGUUAGAGGUCGGGGUCAAAUAUCAAGUGGUAACAGAGGGCAAGAGCCAAGUUUUGCUCAUAAAAGAUUUUCAAACUACAGACCAGGGUGUCUAUUCCUGUUCAGCCUCAGAUGAGGCAAAGACUUCAAUCAACCUCAACCUUGAAGGAGAUGAUGGUACACUUUCUCAGGAUGCGGGCAACCAGCCCAAACUGCCUCCUGAGGCUGCCUCUGAGGGAGAUUUACAUGCUCUGUGGGAGGCAGUGGUCAAGAAGAGAAGAAUGAGUCGAGAACCCACAUUAGACUCAAUUUCAGAGUUGCCAGAAGAAGACGGCAAAGACAAAAUGCAAAAGAAAGAUGGAAAAUUGCCUGAGAAAGAAAUAAAAGAGAGACCAGUUGAGCAAGGGCCCAAAAUCACAGCAGAACCAAAUCUCUAUACCAGUUCUGAUGAGGAAUCUCUGAGUGGAACAAGUUUGGUGUCUUACCUUAAGAAAAGCAGCAAGUCCUCCAUGACAGUGGAAAGUCACACUGAAACUGUUGCAUCUAAGAAAUUGUUUGAGCACUUCCAGAUGACUGAGCAAUCUGUUACAAAGACAUCUGUGGAGCCGCUAAUGGAAGCUCAGAAUGGGGAUGAGUUGCAAGAGGCUGCGGUCAAGAUUCAGGCAGCCUUCAAGGGUUAUAAAGCUAGGAAGGACAUGCGACCAGUCUUCAAAGAAGUAUUUAAGGAGCAGACUAAAGAGCCCAAUGGGACAAUUCAUCUAGAGUGCAUUGUGGAGGGUAAGCCAGAUAAAGUUCGCUGGCUGAAGGAUGGAGAACCCUUAACAGAUGGCAAGCACCACCAUAUUGACAUUUAUAAUGAUGGCACCUGCUCUCUAGUAGUGACAGCUGCCACAACCAAGGACACUGGUGUAUAUACAUGUGAAGUCACCAAUAAAUUUGGCGUUUCCACCCACAGUGGGAAAGUCACUGUAGGGUCACUGAGGGAAUCUGUGCGACGACCUCUCACUCUGGGAUACAGUGCUGAUAGUGAAGCUGAGAGCUCCUCAGGGAGCGAGAUGGAUGAGACUUUACGUCAGGCAAGUAAACGGCUACGGCGACUUCUUCGUACCCGUCUUCCUCCUGAUGUGGAGGAGGAACCAUUUGUGAGUGCAGAUGAAGGAGAUUUACCCCCACAAGAUCUUCAGUCCUAUCGGGAAGAUGAUCAGUAUAUCUACAUCCGCUUUGAUAAUCGUACAGAAGCUCAAGUGGCUUCCCAGCGGUUCCAGGAAAUGUUUACUUAUCAAGGAGUGCCAAUUGAAACAGCCAUCAUACCAGCGGCAGGUGCAAAGGUAGAGCUGCGUAUAACAAAGAUGGCUCUCUCUGAAGAUGGCUCCCGAACCCCAACUCAGGACCAACCGAUGCCUACUUUCAUGACAGGAGCCCCUGCGGCCCCCGUGUUCAUGACGGAGCUUCGUAGCCAAGAUGUUCCUGAUGGAUUUCCAGUCAGUUUUGACUGCGUAAUUGUGGGCAAACCCCCUCCCACUGUAAAAUGGUUCAAGGAUGGAAAGCUGCUGGAAGAAAAUGAUCACUACAUGAUCAAUGAAGAUCAGGAAGGCCGUCACCAGCUGAUCAUCACAACUGUGCUUCCCACAGACAUGGGAGUGUACCGAUGCAUGGCAGAAAAUGACAGUGGUAUCGCCUCCAGCAAGGCUGAGCUGAGGGUGGACAUGUCUUGCAGUUCAGACUAUGACACAGCCGCUGAUGCCACAGAAACAUCAUCUUAUGUCAGUGCUAAAGGCUAUGUUUCUAGUUCGGAGCACAGAGACACAGAGGCUUUUGAGUCAGUGGCAGAGGAUGAGCUCCUUCCUCAGGUUGUGGAUGAGCUACAUGACUUAUUCCUCAGUCCUGGAGCACCAAUUGCAAAAAUGAGUGUUAGGGUCAAAGGAUUUCCCACACCAAGGGUUUACUGGUUUAAAGAUGGCACCCCACUUCAAGCCUCCAGCAGAAUUGUAUUGUCAACGGAGCGAGAUCAACACAGUCUUGAGAUUUUGGAUGUUAAGCGUGAAGACACUGGAGAAUACUCCGCUUACAUUAGCAAUAUAGCUGGCUCUGCUUACUCUUCAGCACGAAUGAAUGUACUGGCUCCUGGAGAGCGCCCAGCACCUGAACAGGGACGACUGAGAGAUUCAAAGGUGCCACUUGUGCCACUUGUGCCACCGCGCUUUCUGGAGAGAUUCAGCAACAAGAAGGUGAAACAAGGAGCAAGUAUAACACUGUCAGUCAAAGUAGAAGGUUCCCCAACCCCAUCUGUGAACUGGUUAAAGGAAGUGUCAGAUAAGGAUGUCUUGUGGAUCAAGGCAGACACACCAGGUUACAAGGUGGCCAGUUCUGGUCGUCAACAUAGCCUAAUCCUCAUGGAAGUGGAAAAAAAACAUAGCGGCAUGUACACCUGCAUCGCCACUAACCGUGCUGGACAGUCAGUAAACACAGCCCGACUGGACGUGGACACAGCACCAGCGCAAAAGGGCAAAGUUGGUCCAGAGGUUCUAGGAAUUACCAUUAGCCCACCUGAGGAGGACGGCAAAGGAGAGAUCAAACUGCCUUACAUGGGUGAAGUGGGUACAGAGGAAUUCUUAAAAAAACUCACAUCGCAAAUCACAGAAAUGGUAUCUGCCAAGAUCACGCAAGACAGCUUACAGAACCAUCAAGUGCUCCAGUGGAUGAAAUCGUGGCCCAAAGUAACCACCUCGUUACGUUUGCCAGGAGCUGACAGCGAUGAUGAAACAAAAACACCAUCUCCAUCUCCAUAUCACGGCCGAUCACGCCCUCCAUCGCUGAUCGCAGACUCAUCAUCUGAAUCCGAUGAAGGAGAUGCCAGAGGAGAGAUGUUUGAUAUCUAUGUGGUGACCGCCGACUAUAAUCCAAUGGGAAUCAGUAAAGAUGCCAUCGCUCUAAAAGAGGGCCAGUAUGUGGAGGUUCUGGACUCUGCGCACCCCCUUAAAUGGCUGGUUCGCACCAAACCCACCAAAUCCAACCCAUCUCGCCAGGGAUGGGUCUCACCUGCAUAUCUGGACAAAAGGCUGAAGCUUUCUGCAGAUGUAGCAGACCUCCCUGAGACCGCCAGAGAAGAAGUGACUGAAACUGAGUACAAGAAGAAACUCUGUCAACUUGUUCAAGACCUGAUCAACACAGAGACUGAGUUUCUGAAGGAGAUGGAGUUUUUCACAUCACACCAUCUGAAACGUGUGGAUGAGGAGGGCGCACCGCCUGAAAUCACCAUGCAAAAAGAAACCAUUUUCCGUAACAUCAAUGACUUGAAAGCGUUUCACAGCAGCUUGCUGCCUGGCCUGCGUGAUUGUGACACAGACGAUGACAUUGCAAUGCAUUUCCUGAGAAACUCUGAAGGUUUCGAGAAAUAUCUCCAGUACCUCAUUGGACAGUUGCAAGCAGAGUCCAUCAUCAGUGAAAAACAAGUGCACCAAUAUUUCAAGGAUUAUUCAGUCUCGGAGUUGGCAAAUGUUGACCCCUCAGAGGGUCCAGUGCUGAGUAUCAAUGCUUAUCUUCAGAGACCACCUGAGAGAAUUCAAAAGUACAGGGCUUUACUGAAGGAACUGAUCAGGAACAAAGCAAGGAAUGGUCAGAAUUGCUGUUUGUUGGAGCAGGCCUAUGCCAUGGUGUCCUCCCUCUCCCAGCGCUCAGAAAACACACAUCAUGUAUCCCUCAUCGAGAACUACCCUGCCAAUCUGGAGGCAUUGGGAGAACCCAUUCGACAGGGACCUUUCACUGUUUGGGAAGGAGCUCCUGGAGUAAGAACAUCUUCCAGAGGUCACCAUCGCCACGUCUUCCUCUUCAAAAAUCAUGUGGUCAUCUGCAAGCAGAAGAGAGAAACAAAUACAGACACGCAAACAUACGUGUUCAAGAAUAUGAUGAAGCUCACAAACAUUGAUGUGAACGAGACGGUGGAGGGCGAUGAGAGAGCUUUUGAGAUCUGGCAUGAGCGUGAGGACUCUGUGAGGAAAUACACACUGCAGGCCCGGACGGUCAUCAUCAAGAACUCAUGGCUCCGUGACCUCCGUGACCUUCAGCAGAGAUACAGCAUGCCAACAUGGUGUCCUCCAGAUUUUGACGCAGUGUUGACAGACCUCACAGCAGAGCUGGGACAGACUGUAAAGCUUGCCUGCAAAGUCAACGGAGUACCCAAACCACAGGUCACCUGGUACAAAGAUGGACGUGCAGUGGAAGCAGAUCCUCAUCACAUCAUCAUUGAGGACCCAGACGGCUCUUGCACACUCAUAUUGGACAACAUGACCGCAGACGACUCGGGCCAGUACAUGUGCUUUGCUACCAGCUCAGCGGGAAAUGCCAGUACACUGGGCAAAAUCACUGUACAGGUGCCUCCACGUUUUGUGAACAAGAUCCGGAACGCCACACUAUUUCCAGGAGAAGAUGCUCAGUUCACCUGCACCAUCCAGAGCGCACCAAGUCCCAAGAUAAGAUGGUUUAAGGAGGGUAAACUGCUGACAGACAUGGAGAAGUUUCAAACCUACAGUGAAGCACGCAGUGGAGUGUUGGUCCUAGUCAUCAAGAAUCCUGUUGAAAGAGACCUGGGACAAUAUGAGUGUGAGUUGUCCAACCGUCUGGGUAGUGCCAGGUGUGCGGCACAGCUGGUCACUCCUGCGGUGGCAAUGGCAGGAGAACGCAGAGCAGAUCAGGCCAUCUCUAUUGAAGUAACGGAACAAGAGACGAAAAUACCGAAGAAAACCAUAAUAAUUGAGGAGACUAUCACCACAGUGGUGAAGAACACGCGCAUGAAGAGACAUGCAUCUCCACGACCAUCACCAAUGGGAGCUUUCCGUUCAGAGACAUCCACACCUGAACCACCCAGACAGAGACGAACCAUGGCCAGGAAAACGGUACCAACACUCUACGUCCCGGAGGCAGAAGGAGCCACCGCUAGAAACCCCAGAUGGGUGGAGGUCGAGGAAAUCAUCGAGUAUAAAGUCAACAAAUCACCCAAGCUACCAAGAAGAAGAGGCAUUUCUCCUGGCAAGCGGUCAUCGCCUGCCAACCCAAACACUAAUAACUCCAACAACAAGUUGGUAGAGGCUACUGCGAUGACUCUUCAAGCCUCAUCCGAUGAUGAAGAAACUGAGCAAGAUGUUGCUGAAGUGAUUGAGAACAUAAUUGGUGAAAUCAAUGACCCUGAUGGAGACGAUGAGGGAACCGUUAUCUUGGAAUCUGAAGAUGAGGAAUUCGGCGAUCGAGUUUGUAAAACGCUGAGUGAUGGGAAUAAAGUCCUCACACUUGAAGAUCUGGAAGAUUAUAUUCCUCAGGACGGUGAAACCUUUGGCAGUCGUACAGACCAGCAGAUCCAUGAGGAGAAACCAAGCCAGAUCUCGGUGUUGCAGAGGGAGGUUAAUGAAACGGUGAUUGGGAAACCCAUUUUAUUAAACGUCGGCUGUCCAGUGGCAUCUCCAAAACCUCGCACGGGCUUCUUCGGCUCUUUCAAGGAACACAUUUCCAGCAUGUUUACUCCAGGUUCGUCGGCCAACACAGGCUCCCCGUCAAGACAAGAGAAGAGUAUCCCUAUUCAUGUGAUGGGAGGAUCUUCAUCCAGCUACGCACAUCAUGCCAGUAGCGCUGCAAGGUUCCAGCCGACGUACUGCUCCGAGGUCCAGAGAGGAAAAGAGGGAGGUCUGCAGAGCUUCAAAACACAAGUUUCUGCACAAACCCACAGCUACACACCAGCCGGACGGCUCACUCUUCAGAUGGGCAAGAAGCAGCCAACUGGAAAGCAGUAACGAGGAAACCGCUCCUCGCUUUUAUCAUCAGGACUUUCAGUAGACCUAGUCUUAAAAUGGGAACAUUUCUGUCAAAUCAGAGAGAGAGAGUUUUAUUCAAUAGCAAGGCUUCUGCUAACAGCAGAUCAUUCCAUGUUGUUGAGGCGACACUUUACAUUGAAUGCCUUUAAAUCUGAUCUAAUGAAGACUUUAAGACGUCCGGUUAGCACGGAAUCACGCAGCUGCGAAUGUCAAAACCUGAUACAACAUCAAUGAGCAAAUACAGAAAGUCUAAAGAAAGCCUAAUUCAAAUGCUUUAGACUUUAAUAAGAUUGUGGAUAAUGUGAGGUCCUUUUACACCUGGUGGUCAAGAUGGAUUUUGGUCAAUCUGACAACAAGCGUAUGAUGCUAAAUCCAGUUUUAAAUAGUGUCCGGAAGGUUUGAGCUUGUCUACUAUUGAACAUUUUCAGAAUCAGUCAAUAACACGUUUGGAUGCAUAGCGUAGACACUUGUAGUUGAUUGUGUUCAAAUAACCAAAGACAACCAACUUUCAGCCUACUCAUCAGAUUUUUAACAUUACAGGAUAUGUUGUUGAAUUGCUGUAUGAUAUUGUAAGUUUGGGUUGAGAGUAAAAGAAAAACUAUUAUCUAAUUUGUACAUUUUAGUUUGAUCUGCUCAUCCCCUGAUGAUUGUGGGCUUCAGAGGUACACCUCCUUUUUAAAAUGUAAAAAAUACAAAAUUUUAGUUACGUUUCCUCAUGAGAUCAGGCUGAUGUAAAUGGAAAUGUCUCUCCAUCAUCUACUUACGAUCCAAUUGACCAAAACACAUCAUAACACCAGGUGUGAACUAGAUUUUGGAAUUAACGUACCUCAGCAAUGCACACACGUAUACUCGAUGAGUGUUUCUCAGUAUCUAUAAAGCCAAAUCGACAUUUAUUUUUUUGCAUGAGUUGAAUCUGAGGUCUGUUAAUGUAUCAGAAAUGGUGCGCUGAGGUUUCCUCAACGUGCUCAGCGUUUUACAGUGAAUGUAUGUGGUUUUGUAGACUGACAAAAGAAUAGCUGUGGGAGAUUUUAAGACUUAAGAAGCAUAACACAAAAUCUAUUUAAUGACUUUAGAAGAUUUAUUUUAAAAAGUAUUUUUGUGCAACAUGACUUUUAAGCACAGUAUUUACAGAUUUAAAAAGUUUUGCGAUUUACUGGAGUAAUACUAAUAUAUAUAUAUAUAUAUAUAUAUAUUAAAUGUGUUUGAACUACAAAUACAAAUUUUGCAUCAACCAAAAUUUGCAUGUGUAACAUAAUUCGUAUUGUUUUGGUGGAUCACAUGGUUUGGUAAAAAGCAAAAUAAAUUAGAACUGCCAAGGGUGUUCAGUUGCUAAAAGACAAAAAGAAAUGUAAUAAAUAUAAAUAAAAAUGUACGUCUUGAA